UAUAAACAUUAACUUUUUUCAGAAAAAUAAAACCAUGAGACUUGAACAAGUGAAAAGCCAAGAUGUAAAAACAAGAAACAUUGGUAAUCAACAUUUUCUUGCAACCUUGAGAGGAUAAAAUGAAAACAAUAUUUAGAGAAAAAGUUAAGUUUUUGCUGGUCUGACAACUUUCCUAGUGAUGUCAGGACAAAGGUGAUGUUACGAGGACCUGGAGAACUUUGAUAAAGAGAAAAUAUCCUCCCUUGUGUGUUCCCGAGUACCCUGAGAAACAUAUCAUCUGUCCGAGAUAACUGUCAGGUUCAGGGUACACCCGGAGUAUAGAUCAGAAGGAGGUAGUUUGAUGGCUGCCUGGAGCUAGGCUUGGAAGCGAAGAGAACUAGAGAAAUGAUGGCUCAGUACACUGAGGGAGAAUGUGAAGAACUACGGUACAGUCCUCCACCACCGUACAACACAGACUUCACCAGACAAAGGAAACAUUAUACCCCGGACACAGAGCAGGAUAGAAUAGAAUUGAGAAUACGAUGUCCAAGUGUUUCUUCCUUCAGAUGGUGUUUAAAGCUGUACUGUCUGGUGUUUGGUGGUCUCGGUUCCAUCCUCUCAUUCCUCUGGGUCAUCUUCCACUUUUACGUCCUCGGGGAGACAGACAGUAUUGACCUCCAACUUCAGAGAUAUUUGGACAUAAGUCUGGGACUGGUAAUGUUCUGUUCUACUGUAAGCCUAAUCUAUGGAGGGUAUGCUGAGUCUAAAACCUGGCUGGUCAUUUAUAUCACAGGAUCCAUGUCAGUUCUUGUACUGUACUGGAGCUGGUCAGCGUACACCAGCUAUGUACAGCUUGAACAACCAGCGUAUAAUGAAGAGGUUGAGAAUCUGGUAAUGUUUUUAAGUUUUCUAUAUUUUGUUCUCUUGAUCCCGAUCCUAAUCUACUAUAGAGCACUCAUGAGGAAUUCAGAAGCUUCAGACCGUCAACCCCAACACUGCUGCGAGGAGAGUGCAGGAAGAGAAGAUCUAGCACCAAAACAAGAAAAAGUUUAA